UCUCUCUCUCUCUCUCUCUCUCAUAUUUAUCAUCUUCAAUAAGUAAACAAUGGAAGACAUUUUUCAUUGGUGUCGUGAAGGUAAUGGUUUUCUCGUUAGGGUUUGGCUCGAUGAUACAACUCAUGAUCUGAAUCAAGGUGAUGAUCAUGGAUUCAGUCCACUUCAUUGGGCGUGUAAAUCUGGACGUGGACACAUCGUUGAGAUGUUAAUCAACAGAGGAGCUCGAAUCAAUGCCACCAAUAUGGGCGAUGAUACUGGCCUUCAUUUAGCUGCCGCUCAUGGACACAGAGAGAUAGUUAAUUAUCUUCUUCGUCAUAAGGCUGACAUAAAUUCAAUCAACGAACAUGGAAAUACACCUUUACAUUAUGCUUGUUUCUGGGGCUAUCAACAAGUUGCCGAAGAUUUGAUUAACGCUGGUGCUCGAGUUAACGUUAUCAACAAGUAUGGUGAAACUCCGUUAGAUAAGAGUAAAGGACAAAUGGCCUCAAGUUUACUUGAACUUGCUGAGAAAAUGGGACAAGAUGUUUCAAAGAAAGUUCCAUACAAAGAGCAAAGUUGGCUUGGUACUAAAAGUCGAUCUCGAGAUGCGACACUUUCUCGUCAUAUGGGAAUCAAAUUGGAAGAUCUUCAUUUACAGGAUAAAUUAUCAAUCACCAAAUCAGGUGAAACUUGGCGAGGAAUUUGGCAGAAUAAUGAAAUUUCGGCUAAAUUUUUAUCUCUUGGUGUUAAACCUUCAGUUGAUGUGAUUCGUCGAGCGUCAAGAAAUUUUUCUGAAGAAUUUCCUAGACUCAGAAUAUUUUCUCAUCCAAAUGUAUUACCAGUUAUCGGUUGUACCAAUUCACCGCCCAAUUUGGUUGUUAUCAAUCAAUUCAUGCCCUACGGAAGCCUUUACCAAGUCCUCCAUCAACCGACAAAUCUUGUUGUCGAUCAAAAUCGUGCCUUAAAAUUUGCCGUCGAUAUCGCUAAAGGAAUGGCCUUCCUACAUUCUCUGGAACCACCGAUAAUGCGAUAUUUCCUCAAUUCUAAACAUGUUUACAUUGAUGAAGAUCUAACUGCCAGAAUUAACAUGGCGGACACCAAAUUUUCAUUCCAAGAACGAAAUAAAUAUUAUCAUCCCGCUUGGAUGUCACCAGAGGUCUUACAGAAAAAACUUACAGAGAUCAAUAUAAAAGCCGCCGAUAUGUGGUCAUUUGCUAUUCUUUUAUGGGAAUUGGCCACUCGACAAGUGCCUUUCUCUGAAUUAUCUCCUAUGGAAUGUGGAAUGAAAAUUGCCCUGGAAGAUUUAAGAAUUUCAAUUCCACCAGGAAUCUCUUCUCACAUGGGAAAAUUGACUAAAAUCUGUAUGAAUGAGGAACCAGGAAAAAGACCAACCUUUGAUCAAGUCCUUCCAAUCCUUGAGAAAAUGAUUCAUGCUUAAUUGUGCUAAACAGUCAAAUUUCAGUGUUAAUAAUACCACUAAUCAUGAAACAAUUGGAAACAAUUAAUAUAACAAUAUAAAUAUCAAUGUAUCAAUAUGAUUAACAAUUAUGAAACAUUUUAACAAAAACAAUCAAAUAAUUCGCAAUUGAUAAUAAAAAUAUCAUUAGAAUUAAAUUAAAAAAUAACAGAAUCACUUUUUCUGGAUUGGUCAUAUUAGUUUUCUAGUUUACAUUUGAAAUAAAAUUUACAAUUUAAAA